AAUAAAUUCUGUUGUCUUUUAUAGGCCACCUGAACCAGGAAUGUCUAGUGGAGGUGGGCCAUUACCCCUAGGAAUGGGUGGUCCUCCACGAGGUGGUAGCGGAAGAGGUGGUGGAAAUAACAGUUUUCGUAGCAGAGGUAGGGGAGACUUUGGUAGAGAUAAUCGCGGUGGUAAUAAUUUCCGUGGGCGUGGCGGCAUGGACAGAGGAAGAGGAGGUUCCAGAGGAUCGGGUAGGGGUGGACCAAGUCGUGGAGGCGGCUUUUCUGAUCGUGGUAGAGGAAUCGGUGGUGGACGCGGCGGCCCAACGAAACGGGGAGGAGGCCCACCUAGUUCCAGUGGACCCUCUAAAAGGCCACGUUUUGAUCAACCUUCUUCACAGUCUUCCAAUGGCUAUGCUACUCAAGCAUCCAGCCAAGGCGGUUAUGGAGGUUCAAAUAACGCUUACGGCGGUCAACAACAACCACAGCAACAGCAGUCGGUAGGAUAUGGCGGCGGCGGCGGCGGUUACGGAUCACAAGGAUAUACACAAUCCUAUCAGGGCUACGAGAGUUACCAGCAACCAGAUUAUGCUCAAACAAGUGGCUAUCCAUCGUCCGCACCGCCAGAUAGUAGAUACGGCGGAUCGUCCUCAGUUCCUGUUGCAGGAGGAUUCAGUACUAACGAUCCCUACAGUUAUGGCAAAGCUCCACCUAGUUCAGCCAAUUACCAGCAGGAGGCAGUGCCAGCAGCGGGGCCAGGGGGUGGUUAUGCCCCUGCUAACCCAUAUGAUGACCGGUCUAAUGCCAACAUAAUCAACCGGGGUGGUUAUUCGACGCAACCUUACGAUUAUUCAAAUCAGGAUGGUGUUUAUGGGAAACAGGAUUAUGGUUGAUCACAACAACUACUACUAAUCGCCGAAUGAGACUAUCAUUUACGUGAGAUCAUCGAUGACUGGCGUCGUAACUUCGAGGAUUGAAAAAUGAGGUGUCUGCUAUUGCGGUAAGUCAGAAAAAAUGUUAAUGUUGAAAACUAGGACUUUAUACAAUGUCAUAGAACGAACGCGCUUCUAAAUCACAGAUUCUGCAUCAAGCAUAAUUGAGUGUAUAAACGAACACUGUGCUUCCUUAAUUGGAAAAACACUGAUUCUUCCAAAAUUAAACAUUUUCAAAAAAAUUCAAAAUUUUUAAAAAAUAUAUGAAAGUAAGCGCAUUAUUUCUAUACAUCUUGUAUAUAUUAUUUCAGGUAAAAUUAUGAAGAAUAUUAUAUAUAUUAAAAUAUAAUGAUUGUUGCAGUACAAUGAUUAAUAAAGAACUGUGUUUUAU